AUGUCGAACCUUCAGUCCAAAGCCCCUACCAAGGAGCAGCCGGGGCUGCGUCUGCCGUCCAACGGCAAGACGAUCUACCACCGCCCGCUCAACCGCACCAAGACGGCCGAGCUCUCGCAGGCCAGCUUCGCCUACCUCUUCAGCGAGAUGAUCAACUACGCCCAGCGCCGCGUCAAGGGCGUCGGCGAGCUCGAGCAGCGCCCGCAGCUCAACAACCAAGGCCACCCCCUCGGCCUCAAGCUCCUCGACCUCCUCCUCCACCGCGAGCCGCCGCGCACCCAGCUGCGGCCACUCAACAUCAUCACGCUGCUGCACUUCAUCAAGCAGAACCUCUGGCAGCACCUCUUUGGCCGCCAGGCCGACCGCCUCGAGAAGAGCGCCAACCCCGACACGCCCGACGAGUACAUGAUUGUCGACAACGAGCCGCUCGUCAACCGCUUCGUCAGCGUGCCGCGCGAGCUGAGCCAGCUCAACUGCGCCGCCUUUGUCGCCGGCAUCGUCGAGGGCGCCUGCGACGGCGCCGGCUUCCCCGCCCGCGUCAGCGCGCACAGCAUCAAGGCGCCCGGCAAGGAGGAGGCCGAGCUGUGGCCCGGCAGGACCGUGUUCCUCAUCAAGUUCCGCGGCGAGGUCGUCGAGCGGGAGGGCUUCCUGAAGCAGUAG